AUGAAGUUAGAUUCUAAAAUAUAUUCUGAAGCACACAAAAUUGCACAAGGCCCGAAUUUCAGGUACAUCGCCCUAGGAAUGGUUUGUGGCGCUGUUGUUCCCACAAUUUAUGCAAGACGAUACUUUCAUCCUCAAUUAUCGCAAGCUGCAUUGGUUGAACAGGAAAAACAGCUGCCAGAACUCAAAAAUAAAACUCUUGUAGAAAAAAAUAAGCAUAUUCCAAACAAUAUGUUAGAUGAUGAUAUCACGUAUGCUUUGUUCUCCUCAAUCAUUUAA